CCUUAGGAAACACUUACAAAACAAAAAUAAAACACGAAAUCACUCAAAUCGGCCGGUCGGUUUCGGUGAAGUAACCCAUGAAUGAAGAAGAUAAUGACCAAACUGACGACGCUUCUCUAAUCCUUGUGAUCAUAUGAAGCGAGACAUAUUGAAACUAGUCACCGAUGGAUUCUACAGAGAAGCCCUCUCUUUAUACUCUCAACACCACUCUGCCUCACUGCGUCCUCACAUAUUCACCUUCCCUCCUCUUCUCAAAGCCUGCGCCAAGCUCAGCUCUCCUCUCCAGGGCCAAAUCCUGCAUUCGCAUCUCAUAAGGACUGGCUUCAAUUUGAAUACUUACUCUUCUACAGCCCUUACCGAUAUGUACAUGAAGGUUAAUUUUCUACACGAUGCGCUGAAGGUGUUUGAUGAAAUGUCCGACCGAAACUUGGCUUCGUUUAAUGCUUUGAUUACCGGACUUUCAUGUAACGAAUAUUAUUUAGAGAGUUUCAAGGUAUUUGGUCAGCUGGGUGUCGAAGGGUUUAGACCCAAUUCAGUAACUGUCGCGAGCAUGUUGUCUGGGUGUGAUAAUGUGGAGGGCGGUAAGCAGAUGCAUUGCUUGGCAUUCAAGUUGGGUGUGGCAAUGGAUUUAUAUGUUGGGACGUCGCUAGUGACGAUGUAUUCAAAUUGUGUGGAGUUGGUUUCGACCAUGAAGGUUUUUGAAGAUAUGCCCUGUAGGAAUGUUGUAACCUAUAAUGCUGUCUUAUCAGGCCUGUUGCACAAUGAGGUCCCAUUGACAGUUUUGGACGUGUUUAAGGAUAUGAGGGCAUCCUCAGAUGGAGUACCCAAUUCAGUUACCUUGGUAUGUGCUAUCUCCGCCAUUGCCAGUCUUUUGUUUCUCUACCUUGGAGGGCAAAUUCAUGGGUUGGGUGUGAAAAUUGGCUUGGAAUGUGAUACAAUGGUUGGAACUGCACUUGUAGACAUGUAUUCCAAGUGUGGUUGUUGGCGUUGGGCCUAUAAUGUGUUCACAGAGCUGAAUCACAAUAGGACCUUGAUAUCUUGGAAUUCGAUUAUUUCUGGAAUGAUGUUGAAUAAGCAGAGUGAGAAUGCUGUCAAGUUGUUCGAACAGUUGAAGUUUGAUGGACUGGAACCAGAUUCAGCUACUUGGAAUUUAAUGAUAAGUGGAUUUGCUCAAUUGGAAGAGGGGGUUGAAGCUUUUAAGUUUUUCAAGAAAAUGCAGUUAUCUGGGGUGUCUCCAAGUUUAAAGUGUAUUACAAGUCUAUUACCUGUGUGUUCAACUUUGUCUGCUUUGUUGUGUGGCAAAGAGAUUCAUGGACAUGCCAUCAGAACUGAUACUUCUUCUGAAGAAUUUAUUGCUACUGCACUUAUUGAUAUGUACAUGAAAUGUGGAUGCUCUUUCUGGGCCCGAAGGAUUUUUGAUCAGUUUAAGGUAAAGCCUGCUUACCCCGUGUUCUGGAAUGCAAUGAUAUCAGGCUAUGGACGAAAUGGAGAUUGUGAGUCGGCAUUUGAAAUUUUUGAUCAAAUGCAGCUAGAGAAGGUAAAACCAAAUUCAGUAACCUUUGUAAAUGUUCUGUCACUGUGUAGUCACACUGGCCAGGUCACUAGAGGAUGGGAAGCUUUUAGAAUGAUGAAUGAAGAGUAUGGCUUGGACCCAACUUCAGAGCAUUUUGGUUGUAUGGUUGACCUUUUGGGUCGAUCAGGCGAGCUGAAUAAGGCUCGAGAAUUAAUACAGGAAAUGCCAGAGCCAUCAAACUCUGUUUAUGCUUCUUUACUUGGUGCUUGUAGGUCUCACUUGAAUUUUGAGCUCGGUGAAGAGAUGGCUUUGAAGUUAUCAGAGCUAGAACCUGGAAACCCAACUCCCUUUGUAAUUCUUUCUAAUAUAUAUGGUGAGCUAGCAAGGUGGACAGAUGUAGAAAGGAUUAGACAGAGGAUAAAUGAGAGAGGAUUGACAAAACUAUCUAGACUCAGUACAGUUGGAGUUACAUAAAAAUAAAUUUCAAAUGCAUUUUAUUUCUUAGAACAGCUUACCCAUUGACUGCUCACUAGCCAGAUCCGGCGCAUCUCAGUAUGCCAUUUUCACUCAUUCAUAAUUUCCUUCACAGAAAGGCCAAAGUAGUUAUCAAAAUGGAGGGGAGGCUCGAAGAAAAAACAAGAGAUCACGUCUCUCAGUGUAAUGACACCGAUAACCUCAUCUUCCUCGUCAUCUACUGCGUAGAUCCUGUGAACUGAGUUGGUUGCAAGACUGUGGAUUACACUGCUGAGAUUUAACUCUGCCUUGCAUUGCAUGUAAUUGGUGGUUUGACUUUACCACUUUCUUGGGUUUUCAAGAUGACAGUAUUCAUGAAAUCCGUCACAGUAAUUUGUCUGCCAGGAUGAAGAGAAAUGUAAGAAUGAUAUUGAUAAAUCUGCAUAAGCUCAAAGGAUAUGGAUCAGUGCUUUCUUUCAACCUGGUCCUCGGGUUAAUUGUGUUUGUUGCAUGUUUUUGCAUUGGGAUGCUUUGUUUUCCUUUUAUCUUUCAGUUGUCUUCCUUUUUGGUAAUUUUGGUCUUUUGAGUCUGAUUGUCGUGAAUGUGGUGCUAAUGGGGAAUGAGGCUUGAAUUCGCUGUCGAGGUCACAAAAUUUUAAAAUUUUCUUUUAAGUCGCAAAUUAGAAUUACAUUUGUGUUGUUUAGCUUAUUGGUGGAUAUUAGUAUACUCCACAAGAUAUUUUUUAUAUUAAUCGGAUUUCUGAGCAGUGUUUUUGUAUAGGUUUCCUCUUCUAUUUUCUGCUAAUUUCUUAGUUUUUUUUUUUUUUUUUUUUAUGUUUGGUUAUAUCAGGCUUGAGUUGAUAAGGUGUGUGCUUUUGUGCUCAUUGCGUAUGUGUGAGGCUGUGAGCUUAAUUUCAAAAUAGUUUUUUAGUUUUUUUUUUUGGUUACUUUGAAUGAACUGUUCAAUGAUGGUGAGUAUGUCUUUUGGUGUACAUUUUUUGUUAUUUAUACAUAGCUGAGGUAUAAAGAAGUUGAACAUUGAAUCAAUAAGGAAAUACAUAUUAGCAUAGAUCCUCACAAAAAUGGUUAGUAACACGUGGUUAACAUAGAUCCUGGUUUGCUCUGCAACGCCCCUCUGAAUUUCUCUGGCCACAUAUGUGAAUUUGAUUUUAUGACAUUCCUUUAUAUCUGAUGGUGUUUUUGGAGUCUCUGAUUUUUUCCAAAGACACAAGUGAGGACCUAUGUAGCACGGACACGGACACGCGACACGACACGACACGACACGGACAUGUGAUUUUUCAAAAAACUAGGAUACGGACACGUUGAAUAAUUUCUUUUAUAUUAUAUAUAUAUAUACAUAUAUUUCAUUUCAAUCAAUAUAGUCCAAAACAACAAUACAUUAAAACAUAAUAUAAUUCAAUUAAGAUAGUUCAAAACAACAAUACAUUAAAUGAAGAUAGUCUUAAACAAAGCUUGAAUAUAAUAUAAGCAAUCAACACAAACAACAGCUCAACACCUGCACCUGCACUGUAAACAUUCAUAUUUAGACCACUGGAAAGUCUUAGUGCUAAAAAAACUAUAUAAAGCAGAGGUUUAAUAUAAACUGUUGCUAGAACCUAGAAACAUGAAAUUGAAAAUCAACAGAACUGUGCAGAACUGUGCAGGUUUUCUCUGGUUUAAUCCAAAAAGAUGCUAGUAUGCUACAGUACAAACAUGAAGUCUCCAUUCAAAUCGAAAAUAGGUGCAGGUGUUCACUAGAUCACUGUAAAUCAGAUUGAAAACCUAACAAGUGCAGGUGUAUCAAAUCAAAAACCUAACGUUUGAGUGUAGAACAACGGCCUCAGUCGUCGAUGAUUUCUGUCUCUAUUUGAUCGUCAAUCUCUGUCAACAGUCGUGGUGGUAUAGUUUUUCUUCUAUUAUCUUCUUCGGCAGUUGUCGAAAUAGGGCAGUCGUCGAUAAAAUAGGGUAAGGGUAUAAGACGAUAAAAGAUAGGUUGUCGUUUUAUGUUAUGAGACUAAUAAAAGUAUUAAAAAAUAAAAAAUCCUUUAGUAAAUUAAAAAUAAAAGACAAAAACAUGUCAAAAACGUGUCCAAUAUUCAAAUAAAAAAUAAAAAAAUCGGAUACUCAAUUUCACGUGUCCCAGACGUAUUUUGAGCGUGUUGGAACGUGUACGUGUCGGACACCGACACUCUGACCAAAACAGAGUGUCCGUGCUACAUAGGUGAGGACCAUUGUGUCCACUGGAUUUAGGUGCUUUAGGUGCUUCUUGCGUGUUUGAUUUCGUAAGACCUAAGACCAUACUCAGUGAUAUAAAAGAGGAAUUUGAAUUUCCUAAAUUAGGUGGCUGACUACAAUUUUUUUUUCUUUUCGAAAUGCAGCUGGGAGAUUUC